GAAACAGAAAGUAAUUAGGUUUUCCUGGGGAGUGUUUAAAGCCGUCCAUUUCUCUCAGCAGCACAUAAAUUGAUAUUUCUGUUCCCUUUAACUACAAAACUCCUUGUUUUCUGAGUUUUGUGUCUACAAACUGUUGGGAUGGGGACACAGCUGUAACCUACAGGCCAGAUAAGCAGCAGGAGAGGUGAGCUGAAACACGUCAUCCUUACCAGGAAAUGGCAUCCGGUGGAAGUCUCUUAACCGAGGAACACUUGCUGUGUCCCAUCUGUCUUGACGUCUUCAACAAACCCGUUUCCACUCCAUGUGGACACAACUUCUGCCUGCCCUGCAUCACGUCCUACUGGGAUACCACAUUUGUCUGCCAAUGUCCGAUCUGCAAGGAAGACUUUCCAAACAGGCCCAACCUUAAAGUCAACAUCUUCAUUGCAGAUCUGUUGUCACAGUUCAAGUCCCUUCAUGUCACGAACGUUGACACCCAAAGGUCAGCAGGUCAGCAGCCGGUCAGCUGUAGCAGUGAGGUGCAGUGUGACAUCUGCAGCAGCCAGGCUGUGAAAUCCUGUCUGGACUGUGUCACUUCGUACUGCGACAGCCAUCUACAGCCUCAUGACAUCGCUUCUGAGCUGAAGAGACACACGUUGGUUGAUCCUGUGGAGAGUUUGGGGGAAAAGGUGUGCAGGAAGCAUCACAGGCUGAUGAUGCUGUUCUGCAAGAAUGACAGCUCGGUGCUUUGCGACCUCUGCGUCGGAUUACGGCACGCCAACCAUGAUGUUGUUUCCGUGCAGAAGGGAUACUACCAUAUGACGCUUCAGGUGAUUGGUAAUGAGGCCAAAGUGCAUCAGAUGAUUCAAGAAAGGAUGCAGAAGGUCCAAGACACAAAGGAGUCACUGAUGCAAAGCAAAAAGGAGACAAAAAAGGUGAUCGAACAUGGAAGACGGGAUCUAACAGAGUUGGUUACUGAGAUUAAGAGGACCCAAGAGGAACUCAUUAAGGUGUUUGAAGAGAAGCAGAAAGCAGCAGAGAACCAGGCAACAGGGUUAAUUACAGACAUGGAGAAAGAGAUUUCUUGUUUGAAGGUGACGGCAAAGAAUCUGGAGGAACUGAAAGAGAUUAAAGACCCGGUGUGUUUUCUCAAAAGGUACCCAAACCAGUCCCUCCUCCCAUACACCAUGGACCUGUCCACACAUAACUUCAUCAGGCACCUGGAGGUGAAGUACGUGCAUAAGUGUGUGAGAAACUUAAUAUCUCAACUGCAGGACUUACUGGAUAAACUGAACGAAGAACUCAACAGAUUCUCAAACAGCACAGACACGUCAAACAAGGUGGCGCUCAGGUACAUGCAGCAGUACGGGGAGAACAUCGUGCUGGAUUUUGACACAGCUCACCCCAUGCUCACCUUAUCCGCUGACGGGAAGCAGGUGUGGUACAACAUGGGCACGGGUUUGUGGGGAAACCAGAUCCCAAAACCCAACAUGUUCACUCAGCAUCUCGCUGUUGUGGGGCAGAGAGGAUUUUCCUCACGCAGGUUUUACUUCGAGGUUCACGUGGGCCAAAAGACGGAGUGGUGUCUGGGCGUGGCAACGGCGUCGCUCCAAAAGAAUGGGGCGAUAGUUCGGAGUCCGAACUCCGGACUCUGGGCCAUCUGGUUCCUAGUAGACAAGUUUGAAACCUUCAGCUCUCCAGGCGAGGCGGUGUAUACAGGGAAAGUGGAGCACGUCGGGGUUUUUGUUGACUACAACGGAGGUCAAGUAACAUUCUUUGACGUGAUCAAAGCAGUACACAUUUAUUCUUUUACUGAGUGUUUAUUUACCGAGGAGCUGUAUCCGUACUUUAAUCCCUGCGAUAAUGAGUAUGGUUCAAAUCUGGAGCCAAUGAUAAUUGUUCCCAUUUCUCCUGCAGAAUGAACAGAGUAUUUAGAGACCAACUAUUUGAUUUCGAUUAGACGGCAAAAACACAAAAUCUUACCACGUAUUUUAGAAAUGGGACAAAACUAACCUACAAGUAACUUUUCAGCAACAUA